UAAAGAUUGCUAAAGGCUAAGAGAGGUGAUGAUGUGAGAUUCUUCUCUCUAGGGUCAAAAAGUAAUACUCACACUCUUUUUGCUCUUCUGUAUUUCUCUGUGUACUGGCGCGUGAGAUAGAACAGAAAAUAAAGACAUCAAAUCUUUGCUACAUGUCUUUGGUCGUAUCCGUAUAUAUGUUCUUCUUCUAAUUAUUUUAGCAGAAAGAAAAAAAACUAAUCGCUUUCAUAAACUCAGAUUUGUUUUUUUUUUUCAAUGGUAGAAGAAGACAAGUGUUCUUGGAGUUUAGUUUCUUCUUAUGAUUCAUUCAUAAAUCCGAGGAAAUAUAUCAAAUCUGUUUCUUUCUUUCUCUAAGUCAAAACCCAACUAAGAGAUUCUUCUUCUUCUUUCUUUGAGAUCAGUUACAAAGUGAGCUUUGUUUUUAAGUUCUAAUUGCUAAUUUGCUACACAUAAGUUCUGUUUAGCUUCUUAGAGAUGGGAUUUGAAGACAAGAAAAUGCUGAGACAGAGACAUAAGCGUUCUAAGAGCUGUACUGUUCCUGAGAAGAAAAAGCUUGAAGAUGAGAAUAGCAUUGAUUCUUCUCUGGAUGCUUCUCAACGCCUCAAGCUCGACUUACCUCGUUGCGGCGAUAAAUCUUUUGAAAUGAAGAAGGAUCUAUCCCCUGAUGUAAAAUUCAAGAGCUCUCUGAAGCAAGAGAUUCAAGAGCUUGAGAAAAGAUUACAGAACCAGUUUGAUGUCCGUGGUGCGUUAGAGAAGGCAUUAGGCUAUAAAACACCAUCUCGAGACAUCAAAGGCGACUCUACUCCAAAGCCUCCAACAGAAUUGAUCAAGGAAAUCGCGGUGUUGGAGUUAGAAGUUUCUCAUUUGGAACAGUACCUUCUAUCUUUGUAUCGUAAAGCGUUUGAUCAACAAACAUCUUCUGUAUCGCCACCAACAUCGAAACAACAAAGCUCGUGUUCACCUAAAUCUACUCUUAGAGGAAAACGUCUAGACUUCUCAAGAACACCUGAAUCUCGGUGUUUCUCCUUUGACAACAGACUGAAGAGUCCACGUUUGGUAGAGAAGGAGCUAGAGUCUCCUAACCUUAGAUGUAGACAAGAAAGCUUAGCCACGCAACCUCGAUGUUUCUCAUUUGACAAUAGACUGAAGGAACCUAGUUCUGCUGGUCGACAAUGUAAUCAAGAAGUCUCAAGAAUCGAUUCUCGGAGUUUCUCCUUUGACAAUAGAGUGAAGGAACCCGGUUCUGCUGCUCGGCAUUUCAAUCAAGAAGACUCAAGAAUCGAUUCUCAGUGUGUCUCCUUUGACAAUAGAGUGAAGGAACCCGUUUCUGGUGUUCGACAAUUCGAUCAAGAAAGCUCAAGAAUCGAUUCUCGGUGUUUCUCUUUCGACAAUAGACUGAAAGAUCAAUGUUUUAUCGAGAAGGAGGACAUCGAUUCAUGUGUUCGUCGUUGCCAGUCCUCUCUUAAUCAACGUUCCACCUUCAAUAACCGAAUAUCUCCACCAGAAGACUCGGUAUUCGCGUGCCACUCCCAACCAUUGUCCAUACAUGAAUACAUACAAAAUGGAUCAAAUGAUGCAAGCCUUGCAGAACACAUGGGAACUCGGAUAUCUGAUCACAUAUUCAUGACUCCAAACAAGUUAUCAGAGGAAAUGAUCAAGUGUGCAUCAGCUAUAUAUUCCAAGCUCGCUGAUCCACCAUCGAUAAACCACGGUUUCUCAUCCCCGAGUUCGUCUCCAUCAUCAACAAGCGAGUUUUCACCACAAGACCAGUAUGAUAUGUGGAGUCCAAGCUUCAGAAAAAACUCGUCUUUCGAUGACCAGUUUGAAUUCAGCGGACCUUAUAGCUCAAUGAUCGAAGUGUCACACAUUCAUCGAAACCGUAAAAGACGCGACCUUGACCUGAUGAAUCGAAACUUCAGCUUACUUCUUAAGCAACUGGAAAGUGUUGAUCCGAGAAAACUGACUCAUCAAGAGAAACUGGCGUUCUGGAUUAACGUACAUAACGCUCUUGUGAUGCAUACAUUUCUGGCAAAUGGGAUUCCACAGAACAAUGGGAAGCGAUUUUUACUACUCUCCAAGCCAGCUUACAAGAUAGGAGGUCGCAUGGUAAGCUUAGAAGCAAUACAAAGUUAUAUUCUUCGUAUCAAGAUGCCUCGUCCUGGCCAGUGGCUGAAGUUAUUACUCAUACCUAAAAAAUUCAGAACCGGAGAUGAACAUCAAGAAUAUUCCCUCGAGCAUUCCGAGCCUCUCUUAUACUUUGCACUUUGUUCAGGCAACCAUUCUGACCCUGCGAUUCGUGUUUUUACGCCCAAGGGAAUAUACCAAGAGCUAGAAACCGCAAAGGAAGAGUACAUCCGCGCAACGUUUGGAGUAAAGAAAGACCAGAAACUAGUCUUACCAAAGAUCAUUGAGUCUUUUAGCAAAGACUCAGGUUUAGGUCAAGCAGCAUUGAUGGAGAUGAUUCAAGAAUGUCUCCCGGAAACAAUGAAAAAAACCAUAAAGAAACUUAACUCAGGGAGAUCCCGAAAGAGCAUUGUCGAAUGGACGCCUCAUAAUUUCGUGUUUCGGUAUUUGAUAGCCAGAGAACUUGUUAGAUGAAAUUUUCUUAUGUGAUUGUCUUGGGAAGGGUUUUUAUUUGCAAGGACUCUGUUUCUUUGUAAUGUAUUAUUGGUUUAGUGUAUAGGUGGAUGUCUUGUGUGGUGAGUGUAGAGUAGAAAUAGAAAUAGAGGAAAAAUUGCAUGCCGUUUUUUGGUUACCAAUCCGCGAUGAUGUUUGUACAUACAAAAUCGAUUCUCUUAUUUUUUAAAAUUUAUUUGUUAUAGUAACGAUAUAUAUUACUAAGCAAAAUUUCCUAGC